UUGAGGAAGAAGGCGAAGGCGAGAGACAUGACGCUCGAGGAUUUCGUCUGAUAAUGACCAAGAACAAAUGCAAGAACCAGAAGAAAAGCGAUGAUGAGAAGAAACAGUUUAGACAAUGGGAAGCCGCUCGCAGACAGCGCUUCAACGAGGGCCUGGAUAAGCUGCGGCUGGUGCUGCCCGACUGCGACCCCAAGACCAAGGUGGAGAUCAUCCACUCGGCCAUCGAAUACAUCCAGGAAAGCAAGGCAUUCAAGGAGAACAUACUUGCGGGGAACGAAGCACAGGAGCUGAAACGUGUCAUUCGGAGGUUAAGAAAGCAAGUGGAAGUCUUGAAGCAGAGGAAUGCCAUCCUUGUUAAACUGUUGCAAGAGACUGGACUUCGCAUUGAGUCGGAUGCUUCUGGCGGAGAGAUUAUAUAUACCACUCCUGGUACCUGUGUUCAGAGUAACUGCUCAAAUGCAUCAUGCAAGAGAGUAACCUGUGGGACCCGCAUACCUGUCUUGCUGGGUGACCUGUCUUCGGAGGUCAUUGAUGACGCACUGGAAGAAGACGAUGCUGUAAAUUCCGGUGAUUUACAGCCCAGAGAUCCAACGGAGAAACUAGCAACUGUAAGUAGUAUCAGAACACAGCAACCCGUUUUUACAGAGCAAGGUACAGGGACACAAGAGAAUACAGACCCCGGCGAUUCUCUGGAGAGCAGCGGAAACAAGCAGAGUGGAAAGCAGCCGUCAGUUGAAAAUUCUCCAGAAAAUGCAUCCGAGGCCAGUCUUCCAGCAAGGAAUUCCUCUGACUUCCAAGAUGAAGACGUGGGUGUGUCAAUACCUGCUGUCAGCGAUGAGGGAGCAGCCCAAGCACUUGUGCCUCCACAGGAAAGUGAGAGUGAAAGUCCCAGAAUUGCAUCUCGGCCAGAGAAUGCAGGGCCUGUAAGUGCCUUGUCACAUAAUUUUGUAAGUGCACAGCUGACCAGUUUGUCUAUUGAAAGUGAAAAUGAACAUAUAUCUGUGUUGCCCCAGAACUGUGCAAGUGACUUGAAGUGUGAAAAGACAAAGGAAAAGAUUCUUGUUGAAGAAGUCAGUAAGAACGGGACAAUAACGGUGAGCAUUAUAGAGGAGGAAGGAACACAGACAGAGGAAGCCAGCAAUAAUGGGUCCAGUAAACUAUCAAACAGGAAGCUGGAUGGUGAAGGAUCAGAUAAGGCAAUGGGUACAGCAAAGGAGCUGUCCUUAGCAUCUUCUGAAACCUGCUUGGUUGUCCAGGACAUGCAACAUGUCACAGUCCAUCCUGAAAUUCAGCCCCAGUCAAUUCCAGCUACGCAGUCAGUUCCCGUGUCGGCCUCAAAUUUUUAUGGAAACCCCACGCAAAUGGUCACAAUUCAGGUUCAUGGGGGAGAGAAAGUACAAAACAAGGGGCAGAAAGUUGUCCUGCUGCAGUGUGGGAAUUCUGCUCCAGGCACAUUCCAGCUUGUCCCUCCAAUCGCUGAUAAUUCCCAGCUCACUUACGUGACCCCUUCUCUCUCAGGGGUCCCUAUCAUGUCCACAGGUGUUCCCCCCUCCAUCCUACAGACAGGAAAUCUUGUGAAGGUAGUCAAUUCCCCUCCAGUUCUCCUCCUUCCCCCACAGCCCAUGAUUUCAUCCCUGCCACAUGCCACUAAACUAAAACCAAUUGCUCCCAAACCUUGCUCUUGCAAGCCUGUGACAUCCUCACAGACAAAGGAUGUUUCAGGUGGUAUUAUAGCAUCGCUUCCCAAAAAUCAGGGACAAGUUUCGCCCGUCAAGAAAGAUCUCGUUCAGACGCCCUCCAAGGCCUCCGCCAAAGUGAAGCGCCCUCUCUCCUUAGAGAGGAAUAACGGCAAGGCAGCUAAGCGUAGUAAAGGGGAGUUUUCUGCAGAGUUGCCCACCAUAUCAAAGGUUCCUGCAGACAUUCAGCCUUUGCAGUCGUCUAGUCUGAACCCAAAGACUGUAACUGUAAACCAGGUCGAGCUUGCCAGCGAAGAUGGUGAAGACUUACAGGAGAUUUCAACGACAACCUUAACAGGUCUUGUUCAUUCAGCUGGUAUCAUGGACUGUGUGGGAGAGGAUGCCUUGGGGAACAUCAUGGAUAUUCCCGUCGAUAUGCCUUGUGUCAUGACAGAAAAUAUAAGAAGCUCAGGGAUAGAGCCUAGCAAUCCCACAGAUGACCGCCUGGUAGAGAUGUUACGUUCAAUUGACGAGAGCGAUCCGCGUGCGUGUGAGUUUUCUCCUCCUUCCUCGCCUGUGAAUGGCACAGACCCAUUGGUUGAGCAGGGCAAAGGUCCAGAGGUGCAGGAUGAAACUACUGAAGUCAGUUCAGGAGAUACUGAGACUAAUAAGAUCUGUGAGGAAAAUCAAGCAAUACCUGCCAAGGGAAAUGAACCAAGCUCAGUAACUUUAGAAAAUCAGCAAGAUGUUGGAACUAUAGAUGAAGAGUGCUCAGUGCCAACUAGUUCUUGCACAUCAGCUGAAAGUUCUGUUACUAGUAACUCCUAUAGCAUCACAGCUUUAUGCUUAUCAUCCAGGCCUCUGAAGGAACAGUCUUUAGUAAAAGAUUUUGGGAAAGCAUCUGUUUCUUCUUCAGCUCCAACUGUUCAGUCCUCAGAUGUUGAGUCAGUGGCUCAGAGGACUCCAGUGACAGUGUCUGCUGAAACUACAGAUCUUACCAGAGUCUCUACUCCACUAGUGCUUCCCACCACAUCGGGCGAAUAUUACCUUUCCAAAACGACUUUACCCUCACGUGAACACCUUCCAAAAGCUGCUUCUGCUCCUACGGUGUGUCAGUUGCCAUUACCGUCAGCAGCUGCCCUUCCGCCUCCAAACAUUUUCCUCAGAAACCCCACUGUUCUUCCUUCUUCCUCUCAUUCCUUGCCUCUGCCGCUUCCUCCUCUUCCCUUGCCCCCUCUCCCUCCUCUCACGACAGAGCACCAUUCAGCUACACUUCUGUCAUCCCCAUCAGUUUCAUAUUCAAAUAUCAGUAUACCAGUAACUUCUACAUCUAGUUUGACAGUGUCCAACAUGGCCACUAGUUCAGUAACAUUUACUAAAACUUCAUUAAGUGAUCCAGUAUCCCCAGCAGUGAUCUCCCUACCUAAUUUAUUUACAGCUCCCUCAACAACUAUUUCACUUUCAAAUUAUCAUAUGCCAUCUCAGUCCCCCUCUUUCUCAUUUUCCUUGACAAUGCCCUCAUCGUCAUCUUGGACCUCGGUGACAAAUAAUGCAGCAUCAGUGAGUAGCAACACCACUAGUACCGCAGCACCAACAGUAUCUUCCCUAUUUUCUUCUUCCUUAUUACAUUCAUUAUCUACCAGUGAUGCAUACAACUCAGGAGACAUGUCGGUAAUAUCUAAGGACUCGUCCAAAGACUUGCAAGCAUCUGUUGCAUCCUCAACCGUACAGUCACACGGUUCAGAUGCCGUGAAUGCCACUUCGACCCCAGCUGCGCAUGAAAGCAAGGAACAAAGAACAGCGCAUGUUACCUCAUCAUCCACCUUAAUAUCUUCAACUUUGUCCACCUCUGUCACAGACGCCAUUCUAACUCCAAGUUCUACUACUCCUGUAGUGUCAUCAUUAUCAGCAUCAUCUUUAUCAUUUUCAUUAUCAUCAGCAAAUGUUUCUUUACCAGAGUCUCUACUCCACUAGUGCUUCCCACCACAUCGGGCGAAUAUUACCUUUCCAAAACGACUUUACCCUCACGUGAACACCUUCCAAAAGCUGCUUCUGCUCCUACGGUGUGUCAGUUGCCAUUACCGUCAGCAGCUGCCCUUCCGCCUCCAAACAUUUUCCUCAGAAACCCCACUGUUCUUCCUUCUUCCUCUCAUUCCUUGCCUCUGCCGCUUCCUCCCCUUCCCUUGCCCCCUCUCCCUCCUCUCACGACAGAGCACCAUUCAGCUACACUUCUGUCAUCCCCAUCAGUUUCAUAUUCAAAUAUCAGUAUACCAGUAACUUCUACAUCUAGUUUGACAGUGUCCAACAUGGCCACUAGUUCAGUAACAUUUACUAAAACUUCAUUAAGUGAUCCAGUAUCCCCAGCAGUGAUCUCCCUACCUAAUUUAUUUACAGCUCCCUCAACAACUAUUUCACUUUCAAAUUAUCAUAUGCCAUCUCAGUCCCCCUCUUUCUCAUUUUCCUUGACAAUGCCCUCAUCGUCAUCUUGGACCUCGGUGACAAAUAAUGCAGCAUCAGUGAGUAGCAACACCACGAGUACCGCAGCACCAACAGUAUCUUCCCUAUUUUCUUCUUCCUUAUUACAUUCAUUAUCUACCAGUGAUGCAUACAACUCAGGAGACAUGUCGGUAAUAUCUAAGGACUCGUCCAAAGACUUGCAAGCAUCUGUUGCAUCCUCAACCGUACAGUCACACGGUUCAGAUGCCGUGAAUGCCACUUCGACCCCAGCUGCGCAUGAAA